CUGGUGCAAGGGGAACACAUUUGCAAGUGUCUGUGGUUGACAUGAUAGAUUCUCCUGUUAGUUCACACAAUGUUCAAAAGGCAGAAGUCCCUUGCUUCCGAACGCAAGAGAGGAUUAUUUUCCCAGGGAGCUACACGAUCCCUAUGGAAGAAUGAUAUGAGAAAUUUUCAGUAUUUGUCACAAUUUGUACUCUCAGCGGGCCCUCUAAAGCUAAUUCCAGGAGUCAGACAUUCAAAAACUACUCACUUUGAGAUUGAAAUACUUGACGCUCAAACAAGAAAACAGAUAUGCAUUGUGGAUAAGGUGACACAAACAUCUACUAUUCAUGAUGUUAAACAGAAAUUUCACAAAGCAUAUCCAAAGUGGUACCCUUCUCGAGUUGGUCUGCAGCUAGAAUGUGGUGGGCCUUUUUUGAAGGACUACAUCACCAUUCAAAGUGUUGCAGCUUCCUCCAUUGUCACACUCUAUUUUACAGACCUUGGCCAACAAGUCAGUUGGAUCACAGUAUUUUUGGUUGAAUACGCAGGACCUCUGCUUAUAUACCUCCUUUUUUAUCUGAGGAUUCCGUAUGUAUAUGAUGUGAAAGAGAGCUCUAGAAGAUUACGCCACCCCGUGGUACACUUGGCUUGCUUCUUCCAUUGUAUGCACUACAUCAGAUACCUUUUGGAAACCUUGUUUGUUCACAAAGUUUCUGCAGGACAUACAUCUUUGAAAAAUUUGUUAAAGGGUUGUGCCUUUUACUGGGGAUUCACUUCUUGGAUUGCCUACUACAUCAAUCACCCAUGGUAUACACCGCCAGCAUUUGGAAACAGGCAAGUCACGGUAUCUGCUAUCAGUUUUCUGAUUUGUGAAGCUGGAAAUCAUUUCAUCAAUGUAAUGUUGUCUCAUCCCUAUCACACAGGAAAUAAUGCCUGUUUCCCAAGUCCAAAUUAUAACCCCUUCUCAUGGAUGUUUUUCCUGGUUUCAUGUCCUAACUACACCUAUGAGAUUGGAUCAUGGAUUAGUUUCACAGUCAUGACACAAACAUUGCCAGUUGGGAUUUUUACACUUCUGAUGAGUAUCCAGAUGUCUUUGUGGGCCCGAAAGAAACAUAAGAUUUAUCUGAAGAAAUUCAAUUCAUAUAUGCAUAGAAAAUCAGCAAUGAUUCCAUUCAUAUUGUAAGAAAAUAUAAGUAGUCUUAUAUAGAAAAAUUCACUAAAUCAGACUUAAUCACGAUGGUUAACUCUUACGUUCUAGUAAUACAUGAACAAUAGCACUUUUACUGAGUGAAAAUGUAAAAUGGUAGAAUUUUGCCAAAUUUAGAAUACUAAAAUUGAGAUUUUAAUAAAAGUAGAAAUUAUAAACAGAAUUAAUGAAGAACACAUGGAAUAUAUUUGCAUAGGACUGGUCCUUUAACAUUUUUUUUAUUUCAUUAAUGUUUCACAAUACUAUUGGCAUAAGACAAAAUAUCAAUAGCAAAAAAAUCUGAUUAAAAAAUGAGCAAAAGUUCUGAACAGACCCUUCUUAAAAGAAGGCAUACAAAAAAAUGGUCAGCAUCACUAAUCAUUAGGGAAAUGUAAAUCAAAACCAAAAUUAGAUAUAAUCUCAUCCCAGUUAAGAUGGUUAUUAUUAAAAAGACAAAAAAUA